AGGGGAUCACACCAUAGGUGUGUACAGAUCAUACAUCUCUGGACCCCAAACAACCUGGUCUGACUUACAGAUUUAUCAACACUUUUAAUUCCCGCCCAUUAAAACAGCAUCAAAUUCAUCGGUUUGUCAGUUGAGAACUCUCCAAGGGAACACAUGUAUGUAUGCAGUGUCGAUCAUUCCUAGUGUUUGAUAGUCACCACAGCAAAAAGGAACUGAAGGCCUUUGGAGAUAAACCUGUGUGUUGACAAUAGGGAGAUCGUGUAUCAGACAGAGCUCGUGUCUAUGAGCAACAGGUAAAAAGCCUGAUAACAUUUGGAACCACACACUACACAUACACUGUGUAUGGACAUCUUGUAUCAGUGACGGACCUGUCAUACACUGUAAUACCUCUACAGACUUUUUCAGUCAAACAUUUUAUUGACCUUCUGGACCUUUUUCAGAACCAGAACAGUGAAACCCUGACUUACAAGGACAGUAAACAAGAAUCACUGAGAACCUGUGCCAAGAAGUAAACCUUGUGAUGUAGAAACCGAACCAGGUGAACUAUGAACCAGAACCAGUAAACCAGUAAACCAUUUAAAUUGUACUAUAAAUGGUGAGCAGACUCAUACUACGUAACACUACACAUCCUCUCACAUCGGGACAUGAAGCUGUGAGUGUCUUCCCCAUUAUACAUGGGACUUAACCAGACUUGUAAUACCCCCACCCCAGGGGAUAUAUAACCUUUAGGGGGUCAGCAUUAAUCCAUGUGAAAGACAAAAAGCCCUAGAGACCUGUCACUACAUUCCUGGUGUUGACAGGGGGACACCUGAUAUCAUCUCCCACCGCCACCACCAUAAUUACUUUGUCCCAUGGAGCUUAUAAAUAUAUACCAGUGCAGGAAGUGUUUCCAGUAGUCAGGACCUACAUCAGCCUGCAGUCAGGUCCUAGGUCUCUAGUCCCUGGAGGGCUCUCAUCACACACAAGAGUGGGUGUACCCGUACUCACAACAAUGCAGGGGAGCAGACUACUACAGUCCCUGCUUCUUUAUUUCUUAUGUGGAUACUGUGUCCUAUCGUCAACCAGUCAUGGAAUUCGGCACCGUCACAAACAUGGCAGUCGGAAGGAGGAUGGAGAUGACACCAGACAACAAGUUCUCGGUUCUAGUUGUGAUAACAGUUUUGACAGCCAUUUAGAAAAGUGCAUGGAGCCAUUCUCAAGGAAGGCUCAUAUUUAUACCACUACGCACCCUCAGAAUCCCAUUGUGAAGGAAAUCUUUGUUAAACAUGUGUGCAGACGAUACAAGAAGAUGCUACACUGCAUUCACCUGGUGCUAACAAACUGCCAGACAGUGACUAAUAUAGAGGUUGUCCAGCAAAAACUGGAACAAAGACUCUGGAUAGUUGAUGUGAAUAAAAUGUGCGACAUCCAAUCAGAUCCCUCAACACGAAAGCAUUCAGGUGGUACAAAGGGGAGUAACUCUAAACACAAAGUGAUACCCUCCUCCGCGUCUCUACAACCAAUCUCAUCCGAAAGGGUUUCCCAAUCUGUGACUCAAUCAGAAAUAGAAUAUUACAACAUGAAAAGUCGCGAUGCGGCUGAUAAAAUACCUCGCUUACAAAGCAAUCACGGUAAAAACAGAGACAGUGAAGAUAGCAUUCCAAAUAUCAUUCCAAAGCAUGAAAGAGAACAAUUUCAACAAUUUGGCACUAAGCUGGUUCGGCCAGAUCAGCUGACUAGACUGUCUAGCCAAAAAAUACCUAGACUUGUUACAUAUAUCAAAUAUAAUGUGUUUCUAAACGGACAAAAGCAAGACUCUCAAGUGGAAGCAGAUAAACUCCAAUUAGCAUCCACCGAUACUAGUAUUGAUUCUAUUUUAAAAGAUGGACAACAGCCAGUGAUGGUCCAGCUUUUGUACAUUGACACAAACAGUGUAGAUAGUGAUGAAACAUGGACAUCAUCAAAACAGUUUUCCUCGUUGAAUGGCAGCCAGGGAGUCAGUGGAAGUUCCUCAUUACUAAGCAAUCCUGUUGUCGUUCUUUCCGUCAUUUUAACUGUGAUAGCCAUACACAACACAUAAACCUCAUGCUAACUAUUAAAAUCAUUGAUAUCGAGACUACAACUGUACAUUAGAACAUAGCUCUAUUCAUCCUCAUUAAAACAGUGUCAGGGCCCUGAUAUUCAAACCAUGAACAGCUUAAGAAAUUGCUAUUGCAACUUUUUGAAAUGUAAUUUUUGAUAAAUAUUUUUAAAAAUUUGCAAACAUAUUUGUGUUUGUUGUCAUUAGAAAAU